AUGACAGUUCAAAAGCCGUAUUUCAGAGCAUUUGCUGUGUCAUUUUCAUUUAGUGUCAUUUGUAAGCAGUUUUUUUUUAUAAAAUCGUUGGUUGUUCGCAGGUCCGGACUAUAUAAAUAUACAUUAGUAUGGCAUCUGAACGUUAUAGUUUCUCUUUAACAACAUUUAGUCCGUCGGGCAAAUUGGUUCAACUAGAAUAUGCUUUGGCUGCUGUAGGUGCAGGUGCCCCCUCAGUUGGUAUUAUGGCUUCUAAUGGAGUUGUUAUUGCUACUGAAAACAAGCAUAGCUCCACUCUUCACGAAGAACAUAGUGUAAACCGAGUUGAGAUGAUUACCAGUCAUAUCGGCGUAGUGUAUUCGGGUAUGGGCCCUGAUUAUCGUUUAUUGGUUAAACAAUCCCGUAAAAUUGCACAAAAUUAUUAUAUGCAAUACAGAGAGCUAAUACCGGUAUCGCAACUGGUUCAAAGAGUUGCUACUCUAAUGCAAGAAUACACUCAAACAGGGGGUGUUCGGCCCUUUGGAGUGUCUUUGCUGAUUUGUGGUUGGACUGCUGGUCGACCUUACUUAUUUCAAUGUGAUCCCUCGGGAGCAUUCUUUGCUUGGAAAGCUACUGCGUUGGGAAAAAAUUCCGUAAAUGGAAAAACAUUUUUAGAGAAAAGGUAUAGCGAAGAUCUGGAAUUAGAUGACGCAGUGCACACUGCUAUUUUAACUCUUAAAGAAGGUUUCGAGGGCAAAAUGACAGCUGACAACAUUGAAGUUGGAGUUUGCGAUGCUAACGGAUUUAAACGUUUGGACCCAUCCACAAUUAAGGAUCAUUUAGCUAACAUACCAUAAAUAUACAUUACUUAUUACUCGAGGUUUAAAAAAAAUAUAAACACUUUUGUAUAUGUAUGACUCUUUA